AUCAAGUGAUACAUUCAAAAGCUUACUAAUCGUAUUGUUGAUGUUAUAUUUACCCCCAUCUUGAGAAGACGGCGUGGCUGUGUCACAUUUACCCCCUUGUUGAGAACACGGCUUAUGUGUGAUUUUCAUCAUUCCUGAAGUGAGUUUGUGUCAUCUUUUCCCCUUCUUAAGGACGAGGGGUAUACUAUAGUCAUUUAUUAAGUAACGAAGUAUGGACGGUCUUAAGAUACAAGACAACCAGGAUGUUCUCCAUCCAGGGUUUUGUGAUGAGCAUACGGGGUCAAAACUUGAUCUUUUUUGUCGGAGUUGUGGCAUACCAAUCUGUCGAAACUGUGUCAAGCUUCAGCACAAAAAACCAACACACAAUUAUGUUGACAUUGAUGUUGUCACCGAGGAGUACAAGGAAGAAUUAGUGGAAUUAAUGGGAAAACGUACGGACUUUGCACGAAAUGUCGAUGAAGCUGUCCAAGAUAUAAAUAAAGUACUUCGAAAAUUAGAAAACGAAAAAGCAGAGACAGAAGCAGAAAUCGACCGACACAUUCUUCAACUAACAAAAGAAUUGGAAACGAAAAAAGAGGAGUGUAAUCAGGAUAUUUUUUCAAAAUUUCAGGUAAAACGAGAAGUACUUGAAAAUCAACGUUUGAAACUGAAAAAUAAAAAGAAAGACGUAAGUCGGGCGUGGGAUGUGGCUACGAAGUCGAGAAUAUCAGAUGAUUCUAGCUCAAAGCUAGCCUCAUUGAAACAGGUUACAAGCACCAUCGAGGAACUGAUAGCCGAUCCACCAGUUUGUCAUCCUCAAGAGAACCACAUGCUUCGAUUCGAAAGCAAUAGUCUAGCAAAAAUUGAAAAUGGUUCAAUGGGCAAAGUAUGUACAACUUCGGCCGUUGCAUUUAUGUCGAGUAUAACAGAUAUUGACAAAGUUGCGCUUAUAGCUGAAAAUGAUAUAUGCCUGACGCUUCAAUCACGUAACCGAGAAGGUUCUGACGUGGCUGAUGGUGGCGCCGAUGUAAUUGCAGAACUUAGUGACACUAAUGGAGAUGUUGAAGGAUUAGACGUCAUAGACAACAACGACGGAACCUACACAAUAAAAUUAAAUCCAGAAAAACAUGGAGCACAUGAGUUAGAUGUUUACAUGUUUGAUCAGCCAAUGCAAGGAGGAACGUUGAAGUUGAACGUUCGGCCACCAACACGGAUGUUUUUGACGUUCACGCAUUCGGAGUUCCAAAUUGGUGAGCCAUAUGAUCUGAAAGUGUAUACAAUGAAAGGAAAGCAGUACUUCGUCGUUGCCAACAGACUGUCUCGUCUUCAUGUAUUCACUAUGGAUGGAGAAUACGUAAAUUCCAUCCCAAUAUCGUCUGCUAAGGGCGUACGUUGUUUGGCCAACAGAUCAACAAUGUCAAGGAACAGGCCGUCUUCUUCUAAAGGACCAGAUAUUAUUUUCACAGAUGUUGUCAAGAAACACGUUCAAGUAAGUGAUUUUAAUGGAAGAGUGUGGGAUUCGUACGACGGUUCAAAAACUCUCAAAUGGCCGGUCGGGAUUGUUUGUUCCAAUCGGUAUACUUUCGUCGUUGACUAUGAGGCUAACUGCGUUAGGAAACUUGGUUCAGAGGGACAAUUUAUUACGGCGUUUGGUACAGAAGGAAGUGGUGACGAACAACUAAAGCACCCUUGCUUUAUAGCAAUAAAUUCGCACGAUGAACUAUAUGUCACUGACAACGAGAACAACAGGGUUCAAGUUUUUACUACGGACGGUCAGUUUAUCCGCACUUUCGGAAGAACUGGGACCGGGGAUGGGGAAUUUAAAUCACCCCGUGGUAUCGCAUGCGAUCAAGAUGAUAGAGUGUUAGUCAGUAGCAACAACAGACUUCAGCUAUUUAACAGAGAUGGAACUUUUGUUUCUCGUAUUGAUGAGAAAGAAGAUGCACUGAAUCAGCCAUGUGGAUUGGCCGUAAUUCCAGGCGCCAUUCGACAAGUAGCGCUCGCUGAUAAAACAUCUCGCUGCGUCAAAUUGUAUGCUUAUUAACCUGCUGGGUGAUACAAUUAUAAACAUUAUUUUUUUUAAUAAAUUGGUAUGUUGUGCAACUGAUUUUUCUAAGACAAUGAAGGGGUGUUGACUAAAAAAUCAGGAGCGGUUAAUGAGAUACACCUUUUUGAAUUUUUAAAGAUGGAAACUGGCUAAUAUGGUAAAUUUUAAGUAAGCUUAACUUACGAAUGAAAAUAAUGAGAAAAGUUUUUUUCCGGUAUAUUAACGGAUAUUGGUAUCAUUUUUGAAUCUUUACAGUAAACUGUCUGUAAAGGAUUAAUGAUUAAUUUGAUUUUUUUUUUAGGUUUUCUCUAUCUUUAUUAUUUAUAAUAUAUUUAUUAUUCAUCCAUUAAAAAAAAUCAGUGACGGUUAAAAAAUAAGUGGUUAAAAAAUCAGUGGCGGAUUCAAGGGGGCGGGGGCAGCAGUUCUCUCCCCUCCUCCCCUUUAAUUGUUCAAAAUAUUUAAAAAUGUAGAUAUAAAGAAAAUUAUAUUGAAAUUUUACCGCAAGUCUGAGAGUUAAAUUUCCGGCCAUUUGGUGGUGCCAUAAUCACAAAUUUCCUUACCUCAGUCCCUACCAUGGUCGGGCUGAGGUGGUAUAGAUCCUCAAUCUCUGAAAGUACAUCCCCGGUCCCCCUCUAUUUUUAAUUCCCGGAUCUGCCACUGAAAAAUUUGUAUCUUAUUAAACAUUUCAGAAUUGCUUUGUCAUCGAUUAGAAAAGUAAACUGUUUCGUUUUUAUGUUUUAAAGGCAAUAUUAAGCCUAACAUCACGAAAUAUUAUAGGGUUAUAUGAUGUAAGUAUUAGGCCUAUAAACAGUAUUCAGAGUCAGAAUCAAAUUUAUUUGUCCUUUCGGAAAUUGCAAUGGAACACAAUUGCUCUAAACGUUCACAAACGUAAACACACAUGAAAAUAAAACAAAAACAUAGCUUAAACUACAGAAAAUAUAUAACUGUAAAAUACAAAUGUAAAACAGGACGAUAAUAGCCCAGUGAGAUUGAGCUGUAAGUAGUUAAGUAGCUGUUGUUAAGAUGCUAUCCUUCCAAUUCCACGGUCCUCCGUUCAGAUCGAACCUGCGACAGUAACAGGAUUUGUUUCCUCAUGACCAAAACAACUUCCUAAAGCGUCAUAAAGAAACUUAGUCUAUGUAGUGCAUCUCGUGUGUUUAUUUGCUUAAUGAUAGUAACUACAAUGUUUCAAUUUUGUAGGUAUGAGUAGGCCUACAUAUAUUAUACAUAUAUAUAGGCCCUAUAUAUAAUUAUA